AGGCCCCACUCCAACCUGGCCAUUUCGACAUGGCUUCCCAAAUGUCGCAAGGGAACAGCAGCUCAGCGAGUCUCUCAGCAGGAACUCGGGUAUAUCCACCUUCUCCAUCCCAAGCUGCUCCACCGCGUCCUGUUCAUGCCAGCAACCAAUCUCUUGCAAGCACCUCUUCUCUUCACUACCCCCAGCAGGUACCACUGACCGCCUCACCUGCUGGUUCACAAUCAGACUUGGGUUCCCUUCGUAGCCGCACCAACACUCCCGCCAACGGCACGUCACCGGGCUCUGUCCCGCGCUUGAGUCGAUCAUCCCGACCAGAAAUGUUACCACGAAAAAGUGGAACACACUUGCUCCUUUACACCCGGGCGGUUCCUCUACCGAAACGUUUUGAAACCAUCACCGAGUACCGGUUUUUGAUGAGAAUGACGCAGCUGCUACUUGCCGGAGCUGCGUUUGCCAGUCUCGCGACUGCUUCCUUCAACGUGAACUAUACAUCUGCCGUCCUAGCGGUUUCGGGUAUCAAUUUGAUGUGCUUCACAUCCAUCUCCUCUAUUUUUGUCUCCUUCGGCUGCAUCCUCGUAUAUUGCUUUCCUGCGUUCAUUGGCGUCCCCCCUCAUAGGCAUCCUCGGUUCAGCCGAGUGGAAGUCGCGGUCGAUUUGGUUUACGUGGGUUUUUGGAUUGCGGCACCCUCAGUACUGGUAUGGUACGGAAAAUGUCCACGACUGGCAUUUUCAACGGCGCCGGAUGCAGUGUCAUGUCUACCCUGGAAUAUGUGCACGGCUUUUGGAUAUGCUUGCGCGGCCUUGUUUUUGGGAACCCUAACGAUGGGUGUGAGGGAUUUGAAACGAUUCGGGUUCUGGGAUUUGGGUCGCGGUAAUGGUGUCAUGUGGGCUCGAGGGUCUUGGAAAGAAUGGGCAGAAUCUUAAAAGAUCUUUUCGUAGCAUCUUCUUUCCAAUUAAGUGUACAUUGUUUUUUCCUUUUGAAAGAUUGUGAGCUCUCGGGCUUUGGACACGAGUACUCAAAAAGUAGGGCAAUUUGUGAUUUGGUGCCAAAAACAA